ACAUGCUGUGUGUGACAUGCGCAGAUUCCGCACAUUUGUUCGCGCUAUUUUCGAUACAGUAGAAUGGCCAUGCAUUACACCCAGUCAAAAGGGCAAUGGAUACACGCACUGCAAACUGUGUAGAACUGACAUUAGCAUCACUCAUGGUGGUCGCGAUGACUGCACGCAGCAUGUCAACUACAAAAAAAACAUAUGGAGUAUGCUGAAAUGGCGAGUCAGGCGGAAAGUAAAUCUGGGGGUAUCCAGCAGUUUUUUACGAAAUCUGUGGAUGAAAAGACACGGAACGUGACACGUGCUGAAGCGGUGAUGGUUGACCUGUGCUUGGAGUUGAACUUGCCAAUUAGUGCCAUGAAAUAAAUGGGUGAAGUAUGCAGUCCUGGAUGUCUGCUCUAUCCGUCCUAAUGCUAAGUGCACUCACCGUUUUGUCCCUUGAAGGACCUGAUAAAUUUCCACCCUUUAAUUACUGCUACACAGAAGACAGCUGUAAUCCAUAUAACUGGGUGAAAAUAUUUCCUACCUGCAUCGCCAGUGGCUCGGCUCUGCAGUCUCCCAUCAACCUGGAAUAUGCUGCUACUGAGAACAACUCCAUCAGUCCUCUGGAGCUGCGAGGCUUCGAUGUGCCUCAGAGGUCCUGGACUGUUGUCAAUGUCCGGGACACUGUUGUUGUGAAGUUUCAAGCAGGCAUGACUGUGAAAGGUGGCAGUAUAAAGCAUAAUUACCGAAUCGUCGAGAUGAGAUUCCACUGGGGUUCGAAUACCACCAACGGGUCAGAGCAUAAACUUGACGGUCACAGGUUUCCUAUGGAGAUGCAGAUUGUGGGUCUCGCUCCUGGAUUUGCUGAUGUCGAAGCUGCUUCUCUUGUGCAGUCAGGCCUGCUUAUGAUGGGAGUCUUUAUCAAUAUUGCCUCUGAUGAGAACAAAGCAUUUAAAGCCAUAGCGCAUGCUGUGCUCAGCGUACCAUACCCAGGUGAUUCAGUGACUGUGACUCCUUCAGCAUUGUCACACCUCCUUCCUGAUAGUUAUAAAUUCUAUCAGUAUCAUGGAGGCCAGACGACUCCGCCCUGCCGCCAGACUGUGACUUGGAUUGUGUUUGAGGAGCCCGUUUUCAUCUCAAGAGAGCAGUAUUUGGCGUUCAUCACACAUCUGUAUUACUCGGAUAAAAACGACACCAUGAAGAAGUUGCUGGUGGAAAACUAUCGCUUCAUCCAGCCCAGACUGAACCGCCAAAUCUUCGUUUCUUCUGCUGUGAAGAUCCGCUCGGCGAAAGGAGCCGCUCAGAGCCAGCACACACUCUUCAUCCCUCUCUUCAUCCUCACUAACGAGCUGUUUCUCGUCUAUAUAUAUGCAGUUUAAACCGUACCAAAGAGAAUGCUUUCAGUAAAUGCUGCAUGCUAGCGAGAGCCCUCUACCUCCUUUCAAUCAUUCCAUAUUAACCAAUGUGAAUGCGGAUUUCAGGUUGGGUUAUUCAGGGAAAGGAAUGUAGAUCAAACCCUCUGCCUUAUUACGGUUACGUUUUGUGAUCAGUCACAAAAUGAGACAUUUGAACUAUGAAAAUUGCAGGUUAAUUCUGUGCAAUAUUUGUUUUAUUGACUGCUGUUAGUUAACUAAUGUUAAUUAAUGUUUAA